GGUAUAUUUGUUUUGUUUACAAUUUUACAUUACAAAUUAUUUUUAUAUUUAUUUAUUUCAAUAAUAUAUCGUAUAUUUAUUAGCUUGCAGUACAGCGUUGAUAUAUGUAAAGAACAUUAUAAUUUAACGAAGUAUCUACCUACCUACGCUACAUCAAUCUUGACAAUGACUACUAGGUCCAAAAAGAAGCCUCCAACUGAUGAUACUAAGAAAACUAUUAUGAAACGGGUUGAGAAUUCAUGGAUUUUAAUUGCUAAAGACUCAUUGUUGGAAAACAGCAACUUCAGCAUUGUAACUCUACCCCACCCCUCCCAUGGUGAGCCCACAAAAUAUUGCUUGGACGAUGAUCAUAGCAAAAUGUUUGAAGUGGUCACAUUUGAUGAACCACACCGGUCAUGGUUCAUUGGUGAUACCGUCAAGUCUGAUGGGAGUUUACUCAUCUGUUCACCGGUCAACCCAAUAUUUCUUGUUCUUCCUCGAUUGAAAGAACAGUGUUCCAACAGAGCAGUGCCAUUGGAAGACUUAUUGUCUGAAAAGGGGUUUGACAAAAUCAUAGACUUCAUACCAGACUUAGAUAAAGUGGCAGACUUAAAGGGUCCUGCUGACAUAAAAGCAUACAAAUACAAUGAAGAGAAAACACUAAGUUGGCUGGAGCAGAGAGUGAGGCGAGUGGCAACAGUUCUUAAAGACAAGAACAUUCAUGUCAGGUCCGGUGCUGUUUCAGCCACAUUUAUAGCAAGCCAAGUGGAUGGAGAGGCUAUAAAUGAAGAGUUCUACCUCAAAUAUGCCCAUGGACUUGUAUCUGAAUAUCUUCAAGAUGAUCUGAUGGAGGCGCUGGAAAAGCGGUUUAAUUUCACGCCGGAAUUAGUAGAAACAUUAGCAAAGAAGAGGAAAUCAGAAGCACAGUCACACAGCCCUAAUAAAAAAACUAAGCAUGAUACUUCAGUUGAAGAUUUAAAAGAAAGUAGUAUUUUGAGUCCAACACAGAACUUGCCUGAUCUCAAGAAACAGAAACCCAUAUCUGCUAAAGAAAAGGCGAGGCAAAAAGCUGCCAGUGGAACCAAGACCAUAUCAUCCUUCUUUACGAAAAAAUAAGUGAACUUUUUAAUUAAGCUGACUAUAAUAAUUUACCUAUAAUAAAUCAGUUCAUUUUUCUA